AUGAUAAUAUUAAAGCGAUUUAAAUCCCAAAUAACAAAAUACAACCUCAAAAGCCACAAAUUUGUGCCCUUUAACUGUUUACAACGCUCCAAAACAUCAGUAAAUGUUUGCCCUCUCGACAAAGUCGUUAUUUUAGAUGCUGGUUCACAAUAUGUUAAACUUAUAAAACGUAAGGUGGAGGAAUUAUGUAUAGCAAGUGAUAUUUUACCUUUAGAAACCUCCGCCUGCUCUAUAAUGGCGGGAAAUUAUAAAGCUAUUAUUAUAUCGGGAGGCCCUUACUCAGUUUAUGCCAAAAAUGCUCCUCGAUAUGAUUCUAAAAUAUUUCAACUUAAAAUACCGCUAUUGGGCAUUUGCUAUGGCAUGCAAAUGUUAAAUCAAGAAUUUGGAGGUUCCAUAAAAAAGAAAAGUGUGCGAGAAGAUGGUCAAUAUCACGUUGUUUUGGAUAUGAAGUGUAAAUUAUUUAAAAAUAUGUUUGAAAAACAAAUGGUACUUUUGACCCAUGGCGAUAGUGUGGAAAAAGUUGGUGAUAAUUUGAAGAUUUCUGCAAGAUCUGAGAAAAAUAUUAUAGCAGGCAUUUAUAAUGAUGACUUGCAAUUAUAUGUUCGGGUAUUGCGCAAUAAAGGUCGUUUAAUAGAACCUUUAAGUCAUCUCAACAAAGAUGAAGUAAGAAAAUUGGCUAAAGAUUUAAAAGUACCAAAUGAUAUAAGAGAAAAACCGCCCUUUCCCGGUUGUGGUCUAGCCAUACGUAUAAUAUGUGCUCAAGAACCUUUUAAGGGAAAAGAUUUUUGUGAAACCCAAGAAAUGGUCUCCUAUAUAGUCGAUUAUAGACAACAUUUACCAAAGAAUGACAAAAUAAUAAAUUAUCUUAAAAAUAAUUUAACAAAAACUGAACAAAAUGAACUUUUAAGAAUAACCUCCCAGAAUCAACUACAGGCCUCUUUAUUACCUAUACGUUCGGUGGGUGUACAGGGUGAUGGUCGCAGCUAUAAGUAUGUAUUGGGUAUCUCUUGCUAUCAAGAACCCAAUUGGUGUGAUUUAUUUUAUUUAGCCCGAUUAAUACCCACAAUUUUACAUAACAUUAAUCGGGUGUGCUAUAUCUUUGGAGAAGCCAAUUCCCAUUUAAACUUAGAUAUCACUCCAACUACACUCAAUAAAGAAAAUAUUCAGCUACUAAGAGAGGCCGAUAAAUUAGCGAAUGAUUUGUUAAAAUGUGAAAAACUUUACCACAAAAUAACACAAAUGCCUGUUAUACUAAUUCCCCUGGAUUUUGAUAGUGACCCUAACAGCGACAAUAAACCCUCCCACAAACGUUCGAUUGUUUUAAGACUUUUAUUACCACAGAUUUUAUGUGUGGCUGGGCGGUUAACCAGGUUCAGAGCAAUUGCCUUUGAGGGUAAUAAAUCGUAUGCAAAACAAAUUUCUGAAUUAUCCGGUAUUUCUAGAGUACAAUAUGAUUUAACUAACAAACCGCCAGCAACCAUUGAAUGGGAGUGA